AUGGCCGACACGGUGACUUCGACAGCGCUGCCGGCGCUGUGCGAGGGGAGGCACCGCGGAGAUGGUCGCCAUGCCAUCAUCGCGGCUCCGGUCUCCACAGACGGCUCCAUGGACUACGUGGCGCUCUACCGCCAGUUCUGCGCGGAGGAAGGGUGCAAGGCAAACUCAGCGUUUCUCCGCUACCUUCAAGACUGUGGUGGCCACUUCAGCCUCGAGUGCCUAAACCUGGGCAACAACUACCUCGGCCCCAAAGGGCUACGGCCGGUGCUGCGCAUGAUUGACCUGUGCGAAACCACCCUCUCCCUCAACCUCCAGAAGAAUGGGAUGGACAACGACACUGUUGUGGACCUCUGCAAGGUGCUUCAGCGCCACGGCAGCAUCGCCUCGCUCAACUUGAGCUAUAACCCCAUCUCUGUUUCCGGGGGGAAGCGGCUGCUCCAACUUGUCGAAGAGAACCCUCGCAUCACCGAGCUGCUGCUCACCGGGACCCACAUUUUCGAAGGGCUGCAGAGUCGCAUCCGCAUGGCCCUGCAGCACAACGCCGCCGUCCAACUAGGCACCGGCCCGAAGAUGGAAACGAACAAGGAGGUGGCGAGCCCUGCCGUUGCGGUCAAGGCAGCAGGAAGUCGACCGUCGUCGCGCCAGCGCGGUGGCCCGGCAGUGGCCGCCACCCUGCCUGCUAUCCCCCCGCCCAAGGCGACGUUCAAAGUGACUUAUCAUCGUCCCUGCAGCUCCGACAAGGCAGUCACAGACGGCAGCUCUACAGGGGCAGCGGCAUCAGAGCCAUCGUCGCGGUAUACGCGGCAGGAGGUGGUGCUCGGUAAACCACAGCCUCGCCCGCCGCUCCCCGCUGUGGCCCCGCAGGAGCAUAAAGCCUUUCCUCUGAGCAAGGUGAAGGAUCUCAAGGCGCUCUUCGCCGAGCGGGCGCGGUUGCUCAUGGAGGUCAACCGAGGGGAGGCCAGCCGGCGCGCCUAUGCGGUGCGCCAAGAGCUCUUAGCUCUGGUGCGUCAUAGCCAACCUACCGGGGCGACUACCAGCAGCGCGCAGCCCCGCACGUACCCCGGCACUGCGACACCAAGCACUCCUCUGCUCGGCCCGCUGCCAAACGUGAACGAGGAGGACACUUCCACUACGCACAUCACCAGUGGUGGCGAGAAUGCCUCCGCCCACACCUCCGCCGCGCCACACCUCGCCGUGCCCAGUGGCGGGGAGAUAACAGCAGAAGUGGAGCCCAGCGACAGCGCCCGCGCAGCGCACCUGGCAGCUACAGAUGUGAGCGUCACUGACCACUCAGCAUCGGCCACGGUGGUGGGGGCGCGCUCUGCCGGGGCGGGGCUCGUGGGGGGAACCGCUGUGACUGCCCCAGCAGAACGGCCCGAGGCACACACCAUCGAGGAUGCGCUGGUUCCAGCUCGCAUGAUGCUCCUGACCACGGAGGAGAAGCUCACGGUGCUGUUCGACCAGGGUUGUCGCGAGUACAUGAAUCGCAACUUGGAUGCCGCGUACAUGGCAUGGAACGAAGCGAUGCGGGUGGCGGUGAGUGAGGGGCAGCGGGAGUGGAUAGCAGUGGUGGCCAGCAACCUGCAGCGGCUCAGCUACGAGCUCCUCGUCGAGGAGGGCGCCUCGCACCUCGAACGCGGGCAGCUGGAAAAGGCGUGUGACACGUUCAACCUCGCCUACGACGUGGCCACGAAGGCAAAGAACGCGGCGUGGGAACGAGAUGUGCGCGCCGCGCAGCAGAACGUGCAGAAGGCGCUCUUCCACCGCUGCCACGAGGCAGCCCUGCUCCUCUUUCGCCGUGCUCAGGAAGACAUGAGCGGAGGCACUGCAUCUACGACGGUGACGGAGGACGACUACUUUGUUCUCCCCGGCACGGAGGAAAUGGUGCACCACACUGCCGCCUUCGUGCGGGAGUGGUCGUGUCUGCUACUGUUGAAAGAAGCUAUCGGCUUGUGGGCGGAGGCAACACGGGUCAUUGCGCGGCUCAGCGAGGUGGCGGCCGCGCCGCUGAAGGAGUCCGUGAAGGAGGCCGUGUCACUCGUCGCUGCCUUCAUUGCGGAGCAUCACUUCAACGCGACGUCGCCGGAGAGCCUUACGUGGUUCGGUACGGACGCCUACCUCUACCACGAGCGCAUCCUUCUCAGCGAGCUUUGGUACGAUCUCGUCGCGUACAGCGAGCAGAACCUGCGGCACGGGCUGUUGAACGCCAUCUGUGCCGCCCAGCUGGGUGAGCUGUACGUCGCCACCUUCCAGCUUCCGCAGGCCCUUGUGCAGCUAAACAAGCUGGUCACCUACGGCCGUGCUCACCAACUCGCUGUGCUCGAGGCGACAGGGCUGACGCUCUGUGGCCGUGUGCAUCUUCAGCGAGCUGACUACGCGCUGGCGGAAGCGGCACUCGACGAUGCCCUGCGGCUUUGGACGGAGCUACGGAGCGAUCCAGCGGUGAAGGUGCUGGCGGAUGGCCGUGACACCGGUGCGUGGCAUCGCUACGACGUGGCGCUGAUGGACGCCUCUGCUGUAACAGCAGAUGAAUCCGCCGUCGCAUCCACUCAGAUGACGGUGGCUCACGAGAGUGCGGCGAAGGCGCCUGCUAAGGCGGCGGUCGUCGCACCCGACAGGCUUGAAGAGAAGGCGGGUACCAUUACCUACAGCUGCAGAAGCAGCACUCGCUUCCGUAUUGAGGCGCAUCUACCGACGGACGCGGUGGUCGUGCUAGCCAACAUGUGUCGGCACUACAAGGUGUGCCUGCUACUGCGCACGUACCGCUACAGCGCCGCCCUGGAGGCUCUGGAGAGCAGCCUCAACGAGGCCUAUAGCGACACCCUACGCGAGAAGCUGAGGCGCAAUUUCCACCUCAGCCCGUCGAUCGACGAGAUCGCGGCAAUCGCCGGCGUGCUCAAGACCCCACUUGUCUUUUACACCCUGACUACCAAGUAUGACUGGGCUGUCAUGGAGAGCGUCUACAUGGCGGAGGAGUCGCUGUGCAUGUGGGUGGUGGCCGAGUCUGGGGAGAUGCGCUUUGUAGAGGUGAACUUGACCAAGGACUUUAGGUGCACCCUCCGCGGCCUCAUAGCCUCGCUGCGGCAGCGGCUCGGCGUCGACCCAGAGAUGGCAGUGCAAACAGACAUCAUCACGGAGCUGCCGAGUCGCUCCUGGCAAGAACCGCUGCGGGUGCUCUACCAGGCCUGCAUCCAUCCCAUUAUCGGCUACGUGCGCGCGCUAGACUCGCAGCUGCUCUUCGGUGACGGCAUGAUUACUGUGGUUCCGUCUGGACAGAUGUGGCUGGUGCCCUUCCACGCACUGCUGAACGUCAAGGCCGGCGACCGGUACUUCGUCGAAGAAGCCGCCGUCCAGAUGGCUUUCUCCGCCACACAAGCAGCCUUCGCCGCCCUCAGUGCGGUGCGAGUGCAGCAGCAGGACCUGCACCGCGAGGUGGUAGCCGUGCAGGGCGACGCUGACCACGAUGCGGCCGACACUCUCUUCUGCACGGCCUUCCCGCCCAACACGGACAGGUCGGAGCAGGAAGGUGCAGCGGUGGUCGCGAUGCUGAGUGCCGGGCAGGUGCAGCUGGCGGAGUGGCUCGGCCGGCAUUCCACCCCUGAGAAGGUCGUCACCCGCAAGGUGGAGCUUGUAGAGAACGUGGAGUCGCUGCGAACAGUCUUGCCGCGCGCGCGCACCGUGCACAUAGCUACAGCCACUACCUCGGCGGCACCCCUGUCGCAGGCGGGCCCGGUCGACAGGACUGCCUCGCGGCCAGAAGACGAAGGCGGUCUACUGAUGCGCACUGCUGCUCGGAUGGGGGACAUUGGCUUGGUGCGGGCGGCCGAGAUUGCGCACAUGGGGCUAGCGGCGGAGCACGUCAUCUUGACAAACACAAACAUGUCGCCGCAGCACAUGGACGGCAUCCGCGACGAUGUGCUGCGGCUAGUGCGCGGCUUCUUUGGCAGCGGCGUACCGUGUGUUAUUGCAGGGCAGUGGUGCACGCCAGACAUGAAGCCAAUAGAGCUUUUUCGGCACUUCUAUGAGCAGUGGUGCCGCGCGCUGCGGACGUCGCAGGCUGAGCCGUCUGUUCAUGUGGUCGCCGCCACUGGAGACUGCGUGAGCCCCAGCAGUGCGCAGCCCACCGGAGCUCUGCAGCCGCAGCGCAUUGUGGGAGAGGAAGGGCCGGAGGAGGAUGGAGAAAUGGUGCGUCAUCGUGCGUUGCUGCUCGCCCGCUCUAUCCGCCACCUCCUUGUUGAGGAGCCGGCGAUGCGCUACCGACCACGUGUGUGGGCUGGUUACUACUGCAUUGGCUCUGGACGGUAG